AUGUUGUCCCGCAUGCCCGCAAUGAACUGCCAGUACCCUCCUUCUCGCGCCAAGAGUUCUGGCGACGGCGACUUCUUCUUCUAUGUUGAAGGCCUACCACCAUACUACACCUGGGGGAUGCUCAAAGACUUGACUCGAAAGGCUGCACCAUAUCCAGGGUGGACGGAGAUGGCCUCAAACCCACAAGGGAUGCAGAAAGGUCGUGGCUGGAUCAAGAUCAGACGUCCCAAGGAUGCCUUCAACUUAUAUGGGUAUCUGACCAGUGGCUCACCGUCCCUCAAGCCACUCAAGGUAUAUCUCUGGUCAACAGCUCGAUCACCUCCGGAACUGUUGCGUUGCAAUAGUGAUGUUCCGCGUUCCAUGCAGCCGUUCUUGCCGCCAUCACACAGCGUAAGCACGUACUCGACUCCCAUGAGUACACCAAUGAGCACACCGAUGAGUACGCCCAUGAGCACUCCCAUGAGCACACCCAUGCACGGAAGUCCUGUGUUCCAACACCGCCCACCAGUGGCUCCGAGGAGGAUGAGUCCGACUUACGUCUACACACCAAACCACCGUCCCAUCAACGCCACGGGCGGCCUCGUCAAAACCGAAUCAAGAGGCAUCUUCAUCAGUCAACUGGAUUAUGCGAUUGAUCAGCGGCAACUAGAAGAGUACCUGCGCAGGAUUGGAUCCUUCGACAGCUGCGAGAUCCGACGGGACCCGGCUACUGGCCGAUCGCGCGGCAUUGCAACAGCAAAGUUUGCAAAUGCAGAAGCCGCAGCCAGAGCCAUCCAGGUUUUCCACGGUCAGAAGCUCAUGAGCAAGACAAUCAAUGUACGCUUCGACACGGAAAAGGAAGCGGUCGCACCUGCUGCAGCAAGCUCAAGCAAGACCUUCGUCGACGGUCUCAUCAUCGCCAACGGCUCCAAAUGA